UUGUUUAUUUCUGCCUGGCCGUCGUCUUGACUGCACGUUUACCUCAGCAGACUUAUCUCCUACGCCAAAGUUAGUAGUUGCACUGCGGCCAGCCAGGUAGCUUACGUAGCCUUCACCGCUUGAUUGCUGCGGCUCUUUCAAUCACUGGCGCGUCUAAUUUUAAGACCUGGAAAAGUCUACUUGUUUAAUAGCACCUAUUUACCUAUAGCCUAUAAAUUAUUUGAUUUGUUUUCCGGUUUUCUUAUUCUGUCUUGGUGGAACGCAUAAGCUAAGGUCUUCAUAGGUUAAGGCUAUUUAGGGAUAGUUUUAAAGCAAGUUGGCUAAUAUUUGCACCAGGAGUUAGCUUUCAAGCUAAAUUAAGAAGUCUGUUUUGAUGCCGGAUUUUGAGCAUUUCAGAUUUUCAUACUCAAGCAUGAAUCCAUUAUUGGGGGAGAACGCGUUCCUGGUUCAGCAACAGCAGCAUAACCAGAUGGGGAGCCAUUCUGAUUCUUCCAUGACAGGCCUAGACUCAUACGGUGCAGCUGACUCAGGCUUCAUCUUGGGCGAGCACACCGGGUUUGGACAAGAUGGCAUAUCUGGCCUGGACUUAAAUGCGCUGCCACCUUCAGGACUCGCUUAUUUGCACCAGAACAACAUGCACCGUGCGCCGCCGCCCCCCGCAGCGAUGGCCCUGCGUAACGACUUGGGCUCCAACAUCAGUGUUCUCAAGACCUUGAAUUUGCGCUUCCGUUGCUUUUUGGCUAAAGUUCAUGAACUGGAGCGUCGGAAUAAAGCUUUGGAGAAGCAGCUUCAACAGGCUUUGGAAAAUAAUGAGGACAAUUCAGAAGGACACGGGAAAAAGCCAUUGACUAAGGAAAUGGGAGUCCAGACUGGUUUCGUAGGGCCCAUCGCAGUUAGGCCCGGACAUAUCCCACUCCAGAACGUUAAUAACUCUGCAUACCUGCCUGGGGGUCUUCUCUCUCCAUCACUCAACAGGCCUACAACUCCCUCCUUUGAGUCCAACAGCAAAUCAGUAUUUAGGAACUCGACUCUGACUGACUCCAAUUCCAACCUCAAUUCCAACCAACUCAUACCACAUAUUUCCCUCAGUCCUUUAUUAACCCCUACUGAUACUUCCAACACUGUAUCCAACAUUAACGAGAAAUAUGUCAGUUCUGGGACUGGUAUGUCUACUAACCCGCCUCCCCGGUUCCUUCCCGGCACCGUUUGGUCCUACAACCACGACCGCAGGUUUGGCGCGGGGAGGGAGUCGCGCGUUACAGACAUGGGUGUGCCUUGUGCCCAAACGGACGGAGUAGGUGUUCAAAUCGACACCAUCACCCCUGAAAUACGGGCCCUGUACAACGUGUUGGGCAAGGUGAAACGAGAGAGGGAUGAGUAUAAACGCAGAUGGGAGGAAGAGUACACAGUCAGAGUGGACCUCCAGGAGAAAGUGGCUGAGCUGGAAGAGGACCUCCAGGAGAGUGAGGUGUGUCAGGAUGAGCUGGCCCUCAGGGUGAAACAGCUGAAAGCUGAACUGGUCCUCUUCAAAGGCCUUAUGAGCAACAACCUGUCAGAUCUGGACAGUAAAAUCCAGGAGAAGGCCAUGAAGGUGGACAUGGACAUCUGUAGACGCAUCGACAUCACGGCUCGCCUGUGUGAUGUGGCCCAGCAGAGGAACUGUGAAGACAUGGUCCAAAUCUUUCAGAUGGCCACACCUCCUUCCACUCUGACCCGCCGGCCCCGGAAACAGGCGGCCCAAUCGGUUAAAGGCGGCGACGGGGACGAACCAACCAGCAUCUCUGAGAGCGAGGCGGACAAGGAUGUGGAGUCGUGUAGCACAUCAGCCAAUCAGAUCAACGAGGAAAUGCAGAGGAUGCUGAACCAGUUGAGGGAGUGUGAGUUCGAGGACGACUGUGACAGCCUGGCCUGGGAGGAGACUGAGGAGACUCUGCUGCUGUGGGAGGAUUUCCCAGGAUACACUCUGGGGGCAGUGGAGACACAGGGGGAGCAACCGCAGCAGCAGCAGGAGGAGUCCAUAGAGAAGGUAAUACAGGACACAGAGUCCCUCUUCCAGACCAGAGAGAAGGAGUAUCAGGAGACCAUCGACCAGAUCGAGUUGGAGCUGGCCACGGCUAAGAGUGACAUGAACAGACACCUGCACGAGUACAUGGAGAUGUGUUCCAUGAAGCGAGGCCUGGACGUGCAGAUGGAGACGUGCAGGAGACUCAUCACCCAGAGUGGAGACAGGUAUCAGACACCUCCGCAUGGUGCUGAACACUCUAAACGCUCAAAAAGAUACCCUAGGAAAUCUCCCCCUCUCGUUACUGCGGCAAUGGAAGACUCUGAUGACGGCGAGAAGGAGAGGAGUAAGGUGUCCCCACCCGCAGACUCUGAAAGUGAUGAAGCCUACUGUGACACCAAGGUUAAUAGUGGUACGGUCUCUCACUUACCAUGGAGGAAGUCCUAACCCUUACUGAUGAUACCCUGUAGAUGUAUCAUAGUCUGGAUAGUGCUGUUGUUUACAUCUUUAUUGCCAUAAAUUAUGUAAAACCAGCAGACUCUUUCCAGGGCCGUAAGUCAGCACUGCCCUCUUGUGGUUCAGGUUAUUACGACACCUAUUCUGAUAGGACUAAAUGGCAUUUAGGAAAAGGAAGUCAAUUGGAUUUCUUAACAUUGUGAUAUUUCUAUGAUAUGAACGAUCAAAAUAUAUACCUUUUUGUUAAGUUUGCUCAUUGAUCUUGCUAUAUGUAUCAAGAUUCAACCGAAAACAAUUUGCACACAGUUUCUGUGGAAUAAAUGUCUUAUGUUACAUUGCAGAUACAGAUUUGAAACAUCAGCAGAAUUUUUGAAGGCAAACAAAAGAAUGCACCACUAGCAAAAAAUUGCCACAGGAUAAGUCUUUAUCUAGCAGUCUGUCACAUUUGAACAAAAUUAACAUUUACAGUUUGCUAAAGGGAAAGGGCCUAGCUGUUGAUAGGCAUCUAUGAAAAUCUAUUUUCUUUAUAGUUAAUAUCCUUCUCAUUCCAUUUUCCCUUUUUGAAAGUAUGGAUACAAUUUCUGAGAAACAUAUAGAAAGAUUAAAGGAUGCAAAGCCUUUUUAAUCAAUCUCACAACAUUGUUGUACACAUGUUAUUAGCAGAGAGGUUCACAACAUUCGUAUGUACACAUGUUAUUAACAGAGGUUCAUAACAUUCGUAUGUACAGAACAUGUUAUUAACAGAGGUUCACAACAUUCAUAUGUACACAUGUUAUUAACAGAGGUUCAUAACAUUCGUAUGUACAGAACAUGUUAUUAACAGAGAGGUUCACAACAUUCAUAUGUACACAUGUUAUUAACAGAGGUUCACAACAUUCGUAUGUACAGAACAUGUUAUUAACAGAGGUUCAUAACAUUCGUAUGUACACAUGUUAUUAACAGAGGUUCACAACAUUCGUAUGUACAGAACAUGUUAUUAACAGAGGUUCACAACAUUCGUAUGUACAGAACAUGUUAUUAACAGAGGUUCAUAACAUUUGUAUGUACAGAACAUGUUAUUAACAGAGAGGUUCAUAACAUUCGCAUGUACACAUGUUAUUAACAGAGAGGUUCACAACAUUCGUAUGUACAGAACAUGUUAUUAACAGAGGUUCAUAACAUUCGUAUGUACAGAACAUGUUAUUAACAGAGAGGUUCACAACAUUCGUAUGUACAGAACAUGUUAUUAACAGAGGUUCAUAACAUUCGUAUGUACAGAACAUGUUAUUAAUAGAGAGGUUCACAACAUUCGUAUGUACAGAACAUGUUAUUAACAGAGGUUCACAACAUUCGUAUGUACACAUGUUAUUAACAGAGGUUCAUAACAUUCGUAUGUACACAUGUUAUUAACAGAGGUUCACAACAUUCGUAUGUACAGAACAUGUUAUUAACAGAGGUUCACAACAUUCGUAUGUACAGAACAUGUUAUUAACAGAGGUUCAUAACAUUCAUAUGUACAGAACAUGUUAUUAACAGAGGUUCAUAACAUUCGUAUGUACAUAACAUGUUAUUAACGGAGAGGUUCACAAAAUUCGUAUGUACAGAACAUGUUAUUAACAGAGGUUCACAACAUUCGUAUGUACAGAACAUGUUAUUAACAGAGGUUCACAACAUUUGUAUGUACAGAACAUGUUAUUAACAGAGGUUCACAACAUUCGUAUGUACAGAACAUGUUAUUAACAGAGGUUCAUAACAUUCGUAUGUACAGAACAUGUUAUUAACAGAGGUUCACAACAUUUGUAUGUACAGAACAUGUUAUUAACAGAGGUUCAUAACAUUCGUAUGUACAGAACAUGUUAUUAACAGAGGUUCACAAAAUUCGUAUGUACAGAACAUGUUAUUAACAGAGGUUCACAAAAUUCGUAUGUACAGAACAUGUUAUUAACAGAGGUUCACAACAUUCGUAUGUACAGAACAUGUUAUUAACAGAGGUUCACAACAUUCGUAUGUACAGAACAUGUUAUUAACAGAGGUUCAUAACAUUCGUAUGUACAGAACAUGUUAUUAACAGAGGUUCACAACAUUCGUAUGUACACAUGUUAUUAACAGAGGUUCAUAACAUUCAUAUGUACAGAACAUGUUAUUAACAGAGGUUCAAACAUUUGUAUGUACAGAACAUGUUAUUAACGGAGAGGUUCACAACAUUCGUAUGUACAGAACAUGUUAUUAACAGAGGUUCACAACAUUCGUAUGUACAGAACAUGUUAUUAACAGAGGUUCACAACAUUUGUAUGUACAGAACAUGUUAUUAACAGAGGUUCACAACAUUCGUAUGUACAGAACAUGUUAUUAACAGAGGUUCACAACAUUCGUAUGUACAGAACAUGUUAUUAACAGAGGUUCACAACAUUAUUGUUAUUUACUUUGCUUGGUUACAUAUUCAUGCACUUUAUUUAUUUCAGCCCUUUUUCAUUUGUCAUUGUAAUUCAGAUAUUUAUUCAUUUAAAAAAUUUAAAUACUGUAGCUAACUUGUUUUUAUUGCUAUUUAUUAAUUUAUUUUCUAUUAUAAUUGCAACAAUGAAAGUAUGACAGUUUAUAUAUUUUUUUUUAGAUGAAAUGCCCAGCAUAAUAUUAUGUCGUUUUGCAAAGACAAUUCACAAAAGCCAUCUGCAUAAUUAUUCUCCAAAGUUUAGAGUUAAAAGAAAACCAUUGGGACCUGUACGUUGUACGGUCAUGCACAUUGCUGUAAUCGCAAACUAGAACCAAACAUAGGAGCAUACUGCAUGUAGACCCCUGGAUACUGUUGAUAUCACAACCCACAUAAACAUGUCCUAUAAAAGCACUCACUCAAUGCAAGUUUAUACAUACCCAGCCAGCAGUGACUUCAUCUUGACCUGCAAUGAAAAAAAAGCUCUCUGAUUAACCAACGGUGAAUAAUACUGCUGUUUUGGUGAACUUUACAAAAAAAAAAUGUAGAGCCUAAGAGGUAUAAGUUUAAAGGCCUCAGACAAACACAGUAGAUAUUAAUCCUGUUCAGAUCGAUAAAACAAUCUGCAAGCAGGUGAAUAACUGCUUUAGGAGCUCGUUCAAGGUCACUCGGAACGAUGACAAGUUUUACGUAGCGCGAGGCCUUCAUUAACUGAGCACGGGUAGACCACCUAGUGUGUUUAACCAUAUGCUUUGUGAGAUCUGUGGUUUUAGCACAGAUUAAUUGCACCUGAACACUCUCAAUGUUUACAGUUGUAGAUAAACGUAAACAACAGUCAUAUCUAAGGGCUCGAUUCAAUCAGUAGCGCAGAAGAUCAGCGUUGUAGCACGACUGACAUUCAAAGGUUUCUGUGUUCCCGGAGACCGCAUUCACGGUAAACGCUACAUAUGUCGACUCAAUUGGAAAUGACCUUUAAAUUUCAACCACACGAUUCAAUCGGGCCGCUCCUUUGUUUAUUGAUGUCUGAAAGCGUACUGUAAAAACAUUUCCCCCCUACAUUGUACAGUUUGUAAAUCUGCACAUAUAAAGUUGCACAAAAUGAUGUGUAUUCAACAGUAAUUGUAACGCUGUGUAAAAAUGCUCAAAUAUAACAUCUUUACUAGCUGUUAGCCUACUGACUGUAAAUAACAUGUACACUGUGAAGACGAAGCCAUGAAAGAGAUUUCAGACAGUAUGACUGAAAAGGUGUCCACUGUAUUGAGAGUGUCUUUGGGUGUUGUCAUGGAUACACAAAAAGCUAGCAUACCUGUUGGUGUGAUUGUAUGUAGGUUACCUCUAUCUGUUGAUAUUAUUUUGUCCAGGGUUUAAAAUGACACAUUGUGUGUUUCUGAGAUACACUGUUUUGUGCAGAAUCAAAUUGAUGGGUUAUAUACUUCUUCUGGCAAUAUGAAUAUUUGUCUGUGUAUCAAACAUUCACAUUGACUCAUGGGAAUACCUUAGCAGUGGGCUAGACCAUAUAUACACCAUAUAUACAAAAGUAUGUGGACACCCCUUCAAAUUAGUAGAUUUGGCUAUUUUAGCCACACCCGUUGCUGACAGGUGUAUAAAAUCGAGCACACAGCAAUUCAAUCUCCAUAAACAAACACUGGCAUUAGAAUGGCCCGUACUGAAGAGCUCAGUGACUUUCAACAUGGCACCGUCAUAGGAUGCCACACUUUCCAACAAGUCAGUUCGUCACAUUUCUGCUCUGCUAGAACUGCCCCGGUCAACUGUAAGAUGCUGUUAUUGUGAAGUGGAAACGUCUAGAAGCAACACCGUCUCAGCCGUAAAAAUUGUCUGUCAUCGGUUGCAACACUCACUACCAAGUUCCAAACUGCCUCUGGAAGCAACUUCAGCACAAGAUGUGUUCGUCGGGAGCUUCAGGAAAUGGGUUUCCAUGGCCGAGCAUCCACACACAAGCCUAAUAUCACCAUACGCAAUGCCAAGCGUCGGCUGGAGAGGUGUAAAGCUCGCCACCAUUGGACUCUGGAGCAGUGGAAACUCGUUCUCUGGAGUGAUGAAUCACGCUUCACCAUCUGGUAGUCCGACAGAUGAAUCUGGAUCUGGCGGAUGCCAGGAGAACGCUACCUAUCUGAAUGCAUAGUGCCAACUGUAAAGUUUGGUGGAGGAGGAAUAAUGGUCUGGGGUUGUUUUUCAUGGUUCGGGCUAGGCCCCUUAGUUCCAGUGAAAAUCUUAACGCUACAGCAUACAAUGACGUUCUAGACAAUUCUGUGCUUCAAACUUUGUGGCAACAGUUUGGGGAAGAUCCUGUUUCAGCAUGACAAUGCCCCCGUGGACAAAGCGAGGUCCAUACAGAUAUGGUUUGUCGAGAUCGGUGUUGAACAACUUGACUGGCCUGCACAGAGCCCUGACCUCAACCCCAUCGAACACCUUUGGGAUGAAGUUUAACACCGACUGCGAACCAGGUCUAAUCUCCCAACAUCAGUGCCCGACCUCACUAAUGCUCUCGUGGCUGAAUGGAAGCAAGCCCCCGCAGUAAUGUUCCAACAUCUAGUGGGAAGCCUUACCAGAAGAGCGGAGGCUGUUAUAACAGCAAAGGGGGGGACCAACUCCAUAUUACCGGCCAUGAUUUCAGAAUGAGAUGUUCGACAAGCAGGUGUCCACAUACUUUUGGUAAUUUAGUGUAACAUCUGGAAGUAGUGCACAAAGCUGGUAGCCAAAGUUCCAGAAAUGUGUGAAAAAGGAGAAAUCUAUAGGCCUACACAUGAUGAUAAUAAACAGAGAUAUCCACAUACCGCACCUCUGGCCAUGUAGUGUAUGUCUGUCUAUAACAUUUGCAGGAAUUGAUUCAGAGUUUACUUGUUCAACCUCUCUGGGGAUUCAAAACAUAUCUUUCAUAUUAUAAAAACAUGAAUGUCUGCCUAGUCAUUUCUCUAAUCUUUACCACAAAAAAAAGUCAACAGAAGAAUGCAAGCAACACAGCAAAAGCAGUCUUAAAACUUCUAUCGCCAUAGCGACCAAUAGACUACCAUACAUCUUCAUGCAACUGUGUACAGAAGCUCAGCAAGUAAACUUUUGAAAAAAUCUAAAUGUAAAUAAAUCCAUCUGUUGAAACGUGAAUAUAAGUAACAGCGGUGAAAUAAUACGAUUAAAUGUGAUCAAAGAGUUAAACGUGACAUUUCCAGUCUCAACAUUAUUUGAAAUGCAGGUGAUUUUUCCAAUAUGAAUUUGUCAAACCAUCAUUGUAAAGGAAGAUUAGAAUGAUUAAGGGGGUUGCGAACUACGACGUGUACUCCUGUGAGACCAAUAUAUUUGAUCUGGGACUGUGUAUACACUGUAUCUGUGUUACUGAACAACCUCUAGGUUGGAAACAAAGGGAAACAAUCUGUCAAUGUAUUAAUGGUGUACAGAAUAAAAUAUCUUGAAGGAGA